AUGACACUCUACCCAAUAACACUUCUCCCCCCACCCCCAACAACACUCCCAACCCCCCCUCCCGGGACAAAACUCCACCCCGCAAACUGCCUCUGCACAGUCUCGCUCAACCUCGAAUCCUCAACAACACUAUCCAUCGGAACCUCACUCGUAAAUUCCGGAUCAAAGUUAGAUGCCUCCUCGCCCUUCGAUGCAUGGAUUCCCUUGUCUGGGGGUUCAGGCUCGGUACAUCUGAGGACGGAGUACAAACCCGCUUCCACGCCGAUCACGAUCGAGGAUUUCGAUUUGUUGAAGGUUGUUGGGAAGGGAUCUUUCGGGAAAGUGAUGCAAGUCCGAAAACGUGACACCAGUCGGAUUUAUGCGUUGAAGACCCUUCGAAAGGCACAUAUUGUUGCGAGGAGUGAGGUUGUGCAUACACUCGCCGAACGCACGGUCUUGGCACAGAUCAAUAACCCGUUUAUCGUCCCUCUCAAGUUCUCGUUCCAGUCGCCAGAGAAGUUGUAUCUCGUUCUCGCGUUCGUUAAUGGUGGAGAGCUGUUCCAUCAUUUACAACGCGAAGGACGGUUCAGCGUCGAACGCGCACGAUUCUACGCAGCAGAGUUGUUGUUGGCGCUUGAAUGCUUGCACGACUACAACGUCAUCUACCGCGACCUCAAACCCGAAAACAUCCUCCUCGACUACACCGGCCACAUCGCUCUCUGCGACUUCGGCCUCUGUAAACUCAAUAUGUCACCCACCUCCAAAACGAACACAUUCUGCGGCACACCCGAGUACCUCGCGCCUGAACUCUUGCUGGGGCAGGGAUAUACGAAGGCUGUCGAUUGGUGGACGUUGGGGGUGUUGUUGUAUGAGAUGUUGAGUGGCUUGCCGCCGUUUUAUGAUGAGAAUACGAAUGAGAUGUAUCGGAGGAUUUUGCAGGAUCCGUUGAGGUUUGGGGAUGAGAUUGGAAGGGAUGCGAGGGAUUUGCUCACGAAGUUGUUGAACCGCGACCCAGUCCACCGCCUCGGCACAGGCCCAACCGGCGCCCAAGAAAUCAAAUCCCACCCUUUCUUCGCCUCCCACAUCGACUUCCGCAAACUCUACCAAAAGAAAAUCCAACCACCCUUCAAACCCUCCGUCGAAUCCGCCGUCGACAAGGAGAAAUGGGGGGUUAGUUGA